UGUGCAAAAAAAUGGCGUCGCUUGUCAAACAUAGGUAGGUAGCAAUGCGUGUAGCUAUGUGAAGUUGUGAAUGUUUGUGGAAACGUUAAUAUUUUAUUAUUGAGCUUGCAAAUUAUUAUCUUUCAACUUUAAAUACAAUGGGCCGUUCAAGAUCAAGAAGUAAAUCGCCGCGGCGGCACCAUAAAAGUAGCAAACAUUCUAGGAAGAAGAGUCGUUCUAAGGAUCGUUCUACAUCAAGGAGUAGAAGUUCCAAACUUAUUGAAAAAUCUAGAGAACGUAGUUCUAAGUCAAGAAAAAGAUCGCAUUCCAUGUCGUCUUCCACCAGUAGUGACGCUUCAUAUGAAGGCAGUAGAAGUCACAGGAAGAAGUCUAAGGGACGUAGCAAAAUGGAUGAGGUCGACAGAUUAGCUGAAAUGGAAAGACAGAGACGCGUAAGAGAAGCAGAACAGAAGGUGGUGGAAGAAGAAGCAGCAAAAAGAAUAGAGCUGUUGGUGAAGAAAAGGGUAGAAGAGGAAUUAGAAAAAAGAAAAGAGGAAAUUGAACAAGAAGUGGCUAAACGAGUUGAAGAAGCCAAACGCAAGAUGGAGAAAGAAAUGAUGGAAGAACUGGAGAGACAGCGGGAACAACAGCGGCGCGAGGAGCUUGCUAGACAGGAGGAAGAAGCACGUAAAAGGAAAGAGUUGGAAGAAAUCAUGGCAGAAAAUAAUAAAAAGAUUGAAGAGGCUCAGCGGAAGCUGGCUGAGGAGAGGUUAGCCAUGAUAGAAGAACAAAGAAAAAUGGAUGAAGAGAGGCAGAAACUGAAAAAAGAACAAGAAAAAAGAAUAAAAGAGGAACAGAGGAAAAUUUUAGGCAAAAAUAAUUCAAGGCCUAAACUUUCUUUUUCAUUGAACACACUGUCAUGAGCAGAGUUCAAUGCUAAAGGUGUUACUAGAUAAUUAGAAUCAUUAAAGUAAGGUCAUAAUUUACUUUACAGGUUUUACCUAAGAGACAUCUUUUUUUAGAUUAGUUUCUGAUACAAUUUCACUUUUUUUCCAUAGACAGCAUGUUCUAUAAUUUUUUGGUAGUUAACUAAGAAGUUGUGAUAGUACUAUGCAACACCAGAUGCUAAGCAAAUUACGAAUUUCAACCAUUGGUACAAUUAUGUCAAAUUAUCAGAAAAACGAACACAUGUAUGAAAUUAAUGAUUAAAUCUUUAUAAAUUACAGCAGAGUAUACUCGUUAUAUGAAAUCUUUAGCACAAUAAAGUUAAUAACAUGUCUGAUUUCCAUAAUAUGUUUAAUUGUUGGUACAUCAAAGUUAUCGUCCAAUGUUGUAUAAUUAUAAAUAAUUUAUUUGUACUGGAGAUUCAUAGUGUUGCCUGUCCAACAGUAAUAUAUUUUUGUGAACUGUAUCAUGAAGUUACUGUAAAGUUAAACAAAUUGUUGAAUAGAUUUAAGAAUUAGUCUGAUCUAAGUGCUGCAGUUACAUUUAGAAGACAUUUCACAGAGGAGCCUUAUAAACUUAUACCCUUUCUAAUGCAUUCAUUCUUAGUAAAUAACUUAUGUCCAGAUGAAAGAAGAAACUCCACUCAAUUCUCAAAUAGUCUUAGAAAUAUUGUAGUACUUACAAACAAAGAAAUAGAAGCAGAAUAGUUUAAAAUUAUAGAAUUCUAGUAUAUUAAAUUAGGCUACAGUGGACCAACAAAGGUCAUAAAUUCAUUCCUUGCAGAAUAUGUUAUGCAAUACUUAUUGUUAACUAUUUCAAACGUGUAUUACAGUUCUACCAAGUGCCACAAAGUGACAGAAUUAAUAUGUACUGUAGCUAAAGCCGUUUCAUUUUUAGGUUUUCGUUCAAGACCGUAAUUAUUAUUUUCGUUUAAAAUUAAACUAUAUUAUAUAGAACUUUACGAAUGUACAUAUUAUGUUUAUAAAUUUAAGAUACAUAAUUUAAGUUUCAUUGAAUCAUUCUUUAGGAUAAAUAUUUCUUAAUUGAAAUGUUACAUAAAAAGUGUAACAUUUCAGUUAUACUAUUGUAGGGAUGAUAAGUUUGCUGUAUGUCCAUUUCAUUAUUAAUUUUCUACUUUAUUAGCGAACAAGUCCAUCUAUCGAAUUGAGUUUUUCUGUGAAGCCAACACUGAUGUUACUUCAUAAAAAGUGCAAGUUUGUGCAAGGAUAUAUCUAUAGUUGGGAAAUAAUUUCCGCAACGGAUUUUACCCCAAACAUGAUGAUUGAACAUCGAUAUCUGUAAUUUAUUUCAGGUUGAUAAGUGAAGUAAAUUGUGUACAUAGAAGAUUUCAACAUUGCCAUGGAUGCAAACAAACCUUUGAUAUCUUAUCUUAAAAAUAUCAUCCCACACAAAGAUAUAGGAACUGUAUGAUUAACAUAUUACAUGUAUGUUGUAUAGUCAGCCUAGUUAUUUAGUAUGCAGAAAAUAUAGAUUAUUCAGUGUCCAGAGAUAGUAUCCAUUGUUUGCUUUCUAAUGAAGCUGUACCUUUUGGAGCCAUUAGUUGUCAUUUAUGUGUCGCUACAGUCUCAUACUCCUUGUUCUGUCUCUGUUAAGAAUCAUUAAUUUUGCUAUCUUUAAUUUUUUAUCUGCAUACCAAAUUACUUGGCUGAUUUAACGUGUAAUUUCGUUAUUUCUAAGACAUGUAUGUAUAAGUCAUUGACGAAUUGUAAUUAUAGUGUAAGGUAGGGAUUACGCAUUUUGCACAAAGAGAGAUAAGUAUUUAUACAAACCUACAGAUUAUGAGAAACGCCUCGUUUUAAGGAUGAGUUAAUCAAUUGCUAUCACCAUGAAGUGUGUGUUUAUUAAAUUACGUAUCGACAUUUAAUUAUUAAUGUCAUCUAAUAAACUUUAUGCGUACCUUGAACAAACAAAAUACAAGAAUGUUGUGGUGUUUAAAGAUUUCAUUUACAAUAAACUUGAAGUUGCCCUGAAAAUUCUUAGUAUUAGUCGAUCAUUAUUCAUUUAAUUAAUAAAAUAAAUCCUCACAGA